GGCGGAGGGGGUUUCAGGAGCUGCAGGCUGACCAUGGCAGCACAGGCAGGGGGCGAAAGAAAACACCCAAAAGGUACAGCUGGCACUAAAGAGGCCUCCUCUGUUCCUCUGGAGUCCUCACUGUCAUGGUGCUUGGCCCAACUAACCAAGUCAAACUCCAGUAGUGGACUAACUGGGGCAGACAAUAAGCCCAUCAGUGGUAGAGAGACCAGCAGAGAGGCCGAUAAGAGGCUGAAAGCCGGGCAGUGGCGGGCACUGGUGGCCAUCCGGACCCAGCACGUUAAAGGCGGAAGGAGCAGGAUAGUGCACUACCAGGCUAAGGGGGGGCUGCCUCCCCUGUUGGAUAUCUUGCGCAGGCCUGAAAGCUCCAGGAAGGUCCUGGAUCUUGCCCUCAGCAUCCUGGCCAACUGCUGCACAGAGAAGGAAACUCGAGCAGAGGUGAGGAAACUGGAUGGCAUUUCUGUUGUGGUGGAGGUCCUGAAGAGACAUGCCUCAGAGGAGACGGUGGAGAAUCGGGCAGCUCGCGCUUUAGGAAAUCUCGCCAUGGAUCCUGAGGGCUCUGCGCAGGUUCACGCAGCAGGUGGUGUUCCUCCUCUCCUGCUCUGCCUGGCCCUGUCCAACCCUCCUUCUUGUACCUCACCUUCCUCACCUUCCUCCUCCUCCCCUUCCUCUCCCCUGCCCUCCCCCCGGCUGCUCUGCCUUCCUUUACCCAAACUGGAGCGCGCUCAGUCUGCCGCCCGCGCUCUGCUCUACCUGUCCGACACGCCGGCCAACCGCCUCUCGCUGUUGUCCCAGGGAGCCGUUCCGGCUCUGGCGCUCUUCAUCGCCCCGGAGUAUCCGCCGGGCCUGAGGCGGGCAUCGCUCCGUGCCCUCCACGAGCUCACCCGGGGCUGCGGCACCGAAUGUGCCCGAGAGGUGUCCAUGUCUGGGGCGCUGGCUCAGCUCGGGCUGCUGGCUUCAGGAGAAGAAGAAAAGCCUCUGGAGGAGCUGGCUUUAAAGACUUUGGCUAAUCUGUGCUCUCAAGGCUGCUUGCGCCCCCUGGUGGGCUCACUGGGUGUCAUUCAGAAGUUUGCGGAAGAAGUUAAAAAAGACCCCUUGAGGUCUGGUGUGUUUUUCAAGGCUUUAUGUCUCUGCUGUAAAGAGGCGGUGAACAGGGCUAAAGUGAAAGAGAGCGGUGGGCUGGAGGUGCUGAUUGGCUUCCUGGCCGCCCAUCCAAACCAUCCGCUCACGCGAUUGGCCGUUUUGGCGUGCGUGGACUUCGUCUACGACGAGUCAGCUCUGGAGCAGCUCCAGGACCUGGGCCUGGUGCCACUGCUGGUCGCCCGGCUGGUGGAACUUUCCAAAGGAGAAGAACUCAGUUUGGGCAAACUGGACGCCAGCUUGUCCUCCGGUUCCAACUCUGAGCUGAUGACGUCCUGUUUCGAUUCAUUUGACUUUCCAGCCCCUGAAGGGAGCAGAAGGGAGGAGAUGGGGAAGGAGCAAGGCCCCGGCUCCUCCAGCUUCCUCAGCCUCAGGUCCUGGCUGGUAUCUGAGGGUUUGAUCUCUUCCGAAGGGGAGCUGAUGGAAUCCCCCUGUGGGACGGAUGGAGAUUCAGUCACCUCUCAUCCGUCCUGCUCUCCCUCCUCAACAUCAUCUCUUACCCCUCUUUCCGAUGCACCCUCCCCAGCACCCUCUCUGCCGAAGCCCAUAUCUUCCCCCAGACCCAAACCCUGCCGCCUCUCUGCCUCAGCCUCUCCACAGAGUGCGCUGAAUAAAACCUCCCCCAAUUCUCCUCCCACUUUACUCCCCACCUGCACCUCCACCCCCCAGCCCAAGCCUCCGGCCGCCCCCAUCUCUCCACCGAAAGUCUCUUCUCCUCCCAGGAAGCGGCCCCGUACAUCCUCAUCCUCCUCUUCUUCCUCGUCCACCACCUCUUGCUCCAGCCUGCUCUCUUUGGAAGCCCCCCCAGUAAUGCCAAAGACCCCAGUCUAUCAGCACCCAUACCACCCUGAGCCUUGGGCCCCCGAAUCCCCCAUCCUGCUGCUGCUGUCCCGCUUCUCUCAUGCCACAGACCCCAGCGGAGUGCUCAUUAACGCCCCUGUUAUCUCCGGGCUGCUCUACUACCUCACCCACCACCACGACCCCAGCGGCCGCUGCCUCCGCAUGCUGGGCAGACUCAGCUGCAACCCGAACUGCCUGCAGGCUCUGAUCAGGACCGGGGCUGUGGCUCUAAUCAGACACAGGCUGUGCCUCCGAGAGGUGAAGAGAGAGAGGGACGGAAAGAGGAAUGAUAGACAGUCUGACCGAGUGAAGGCCAAAAUCAGACAGCUGGGUCAGGGGCUGCUGAGCAACGUUCGUGUUCAGAGUGAGACUGGAUUCGGCUCUGGAGUUCUCAGCCAUAUCGUCCUCUCAGGCUCAGAAUCCGACAAGCUGUACUGUGUCCUCUCUCUGCCUUUGCUAACCAGUAACCGAGUUCUUUUGAAGAAGCUGCUCUUGGAUAGUGGAGGCUUGACAUUCGCUCUUGAGCCUCUCUGCUGCAUGGACGGCGGCGACGAUGAAAGCGACCACUCCGAUAAAUGUAGAACAUUCCUCUCGGCGUGGAUGUGUCCACCCGAACAGGUGUCCGUCUCUAAACUACAUUCCCUGUACGUCUCCCUUCUGAUUGGCUGCCUCUCUAGUAUACUGGCGUAUUCCAAGGUGGAAUUGGAAAGAAGAAAGACGGCAGUGGAGGCACCACAGAGUCCGAUCAAAAAUCCUCUAAUUGUGGAGAAAGAGUCCAAUCGUUGUCCCCAGAAUUGGAGACCUGUCCCUUACGAAGCAUCAGCCCACAACCUCAGCUUUCUCCUGGAUGAUGGGACUCUGCUUACAGCCAAUCGAGAAGCGGUAGCUGGAGAUGAGAGCAUGGAAGAAGUUGGAUCUGAAUACUUCCGUGCUUUGCUGAGGGGCGGCUUUGGUGAAGCCAGUAAGUCUGAUUCUAUUCCCAUCAAAGACGUGAGCAGAGGGAUGCUGCUGCCUGUGCUUCAUUAUCUUCAUGGCUGCCGAAUGACCAGCGUGGGCCACGGCAUGGAUGAGGAGGCUGGACGUUGUCUUGUUUUGACCUCUUUGGUCUUUGGAGGUCUGAAAGGGCACAAGGCCUUUCAGAAAAGCCCCCUGGCUGAGGUGAUGGUAGGAGCCAGUAGGUUUUUGGUGCCUGGAUUACAGAAGGCAGCUGAGGACUCGUGUGUGUCCCUGCUUUCUUCUGCGGCUUCGUCUGUUCCAGGCCUUCCAUGUAAAACAAGUGACCUGGCUAAAAAGACCAAGCUUGGCCUGGGGUCUGUAUGCAGAGAGUCCAAGACCGCAGCAGACGGCCAGCCAUCAGAGCAAAGAGCGAAGUGUUCCAGACAACACUGUAAACUGCUGGAGGAGUCCAGUGUGGAUGAGGGCACUGAGUUCGGCUCUUUGCAGUCACUUCUUCCCCAGGCGUACUCUUUCUCUCAGCGCUUUUCCUACUCCAGGCUGAGCCGGGCCUGUCUGUUGACACUGCUGCAGCCUCAGGAGGCCCAAAACACCCCGCUGCCUCCAUCCCUGUCCGCCGAUUGCCUCCUCCGGCUCGCCAGGGAGGCGGACAGCACCGAGAGCCUGCGCCAGGACCUUCUCAAACUGGCCACAGCAGCGCUGAGUUAAUGCUGCUAAUGGAGUUAGAGGUAGUGAGCUUUUUUUGUUCAGCUCUCCAGUUCUUGAUCAUGUUUUUGACCAAUUCUUGAUUAUCAGCCUGGAAUAAGAAGUGGAAAGAGCAAAUAAAGACCAAGGCUGGCGUUAUGAUUGACUUUCCAUAUAUUUGUUCAACAAACAUGCCAACCGGAAAGCUUGCUUAUAAGAUUUCCAGACAGGAAUUUCCAUUUGAGCAUCCCAUCAUCCCGAAAUUAUAAAUGCAUUAUGAUUGACUUUCCAUGUGUUUGUACAACCAACACGCCAGUAAACAUGAUGAGAAAUCCGUUUAGCAUUGAUCGGCAUGACGUGUCAUAUUGGCUGUAAAAGACUUUUUAACGGUUUACUGCCAGCAAAAAGUGGAGGAACCGAUUCGGGAUUUAAAGACUGUCCUUAAAAAUCAAGUGUCAAUUUCAGAGUGUGCAGAACAAUGAGCGAGAGGUUUGGGGGCCAUUGAUGAAUGGAAAAGUCAACAGCUUUGAGAGGCCAAAUUCAGUUUAAACUGAGCUGAAUGCGUUGAAGACCCAAACAGUGGACUAAGAGUGACCUGUCAUUUUGGGACCGACGGGAACAGAAAUAUGUCAGUUUUACUUUUUAUUUGCAUUUUGGACCACUUUUUCAUGAAGUGCAGUGCAGAUAUGAAGUGGACUUAUUAGAUGUUAUGAUUAUUAUUAUUUUUUGGACCUUGGCUACUGUCAGUGCUCAUGUAUUGAUGUUUAUUUUUUGUAAAAUCGCCCGUCUGCACACUAACGUUCAUAGAUGAAUUUUGUCGUAUGGGCCUAAGGAAUGUGAUGUUGAUGCUGCAUUCAAAAAGCUACUUUAUUUACUCAGUGAUGCGUUGUAUCAUAAGAAUAUAUAUAUAUAUAUAUAUAUAUAUAUAUAUAUAUAUAUAUAUAUAUAUAUAUAUAUACUGAAGUAGUUUGUGACUUUGUACAGUGUAUAAUGUGCAUUAAGGAGAUAACAGGGAUAGAGUAAUGUUUGUUAUAUUUUUCAUUUCUUAAUUUUUCUAUAAAAAAGAAACAAAACAAAAAAUAGAAUGUAUUAAGUGUCAGAAAUAGAUUGGAAUCCGUUGGUUUAUUGUUAGGGUGCCAUCCUGUGACAGAGAGCUGUAUAUGCAAAAGUCUGUAAGGCCAAAAUUAAGGGACGCCCCCCCCCAUGAAACAUCUGAAUAAAAAGCCUCUGCACUGCA